AUGUUUUCACCAUUUGUUGACGGUAUGCAUUCACAUCAACAUUUUCCACUUAUGCAAUUACCUGAUCGACAACAAAUGCAAAUACCAACUGGUAAACGUACAGAUGAAAAUCAAUGGUGGGAAUUAUUUGAUGCCAGUACUAAACGUAAUUAUUAUUAUAAUGCAAAAACUCAACGAACUGUUUGGCAACGACCUCCAAGUGCUGAUAUCAUUCCUCUGGCUAAACUACAGAUGAUCAAAGAAAAUACACAACCUAAAGAUGAACAAACGAUAAUUAUUCCACCGACAUCCACUGUUAAUCAUACGGUUCAGCAAUUAAUUAAAACAAAUAAUAUAUCACCUACAGUAAAUAAUAAACGAAAACAAAUAUCUUUACAAGGUCUUAAUAUAAUACCAAAUGAAUUACAAUUUAAACUUUCUACACCAACAUCUCAUUCAACAACACAACGAUCGAUUCGCCGAACAGGAAAUAAUUUCUAUCCACAUGAUAUACUUUCGUCAUCAAUAACAAAUGAUCUUACAUCUUCUAUGAAUUUGAAUAAAACAAAAAAUGAUAAAUCAACAUAUGACAAUCUAACUAAUUCAAUACAUUAUCCAUUAAAUAGAAAAUCUAAUAAGCAUUACGAUAAUUAUUCAAUUAUUUCUAAUCAACAACAAAAUUCCUUAGAUGAAUCAUUACAUUUAACAAAACGUUCACAAAGUAUUCAUUUGAAACCUUCAUUUCCAUUACAAAUAGCAAAACAAGAAACUAAUUAUCAACAAUCACCACAUAUAUUCAGUCGUCACAUUAGUACACCAUCAUUAGAAUUAUUUCAUAAUAAUCAAUUAAAUUCAUUGAAAUUAACGCGUGCAUCAUUUGGACGUAAUAAUAUAAGAAAAAAGCAACCACGUACAAAUCCAAAUUAUGUUAAUAUUGAAGUUAAAACUGAUGAAGGUUCACUACGGAGUAAAUAUAUUCGUCUUGAUGAUAUACCCAAAUGUUCAACAUUAACAUAUUCAUCAUCAUCAAAUAGUUCAUCAGAACAAGAAUCAAUUUUAUGUAAUUCUCAAGCAUAUCUCAAUGAAUCGAAUAUGUAUUUUCCAAGUGAUGAAACAAUAAGUCUCGAUAAACCGAAUAGUAAAGAAAAGAAUAAAUCAAUAAAAAAUAAAAAAUCAUCAUCAAAUUAUGAUGAAAAUAAAACUAAUAAUAAUAAUCAUCAUAAAUUAACAAAUACAACUGAUCCUGUAAUGAAACAAUUUGUUACUUGUAAUGAUGAGUUUUUAUUCCACUCAACAACUGAUCCACUCAGUGCCAAUUUUCAAAAGAUCAAAAUAAUUAAUAAUAGUGAUAAAAAAGCUAAUAAUAACUCGAGUAUUCAAUGUCGAACUAAUUCAGAUACAUCAACAGUUUCAUCAUCUAUUUUACCUAUUUAUUAUGAUACUUAUUCAAACUCAUCAUCAAUGACAUCUCAAUCAAUGAAUCGAUCACAUGAUAUAAGUAGAAUUCAUACAUCAUCACCAAAUUUAACUCGAUCUGUAUCAAAUCAUUUCAAUGGUUUAUGUCAUAAUAAAAAAAAUCUUCAUACAUCUGUACAAAAACAAUGGAUUUCAUCAUCAUUAUCAUCAACUAAAUCUCCAUUAACAAUUAAUGAAAUUGAAUCAGAUAUACUUUUUAAUGAAAUGUUAAAUUUAAAUAUACAUAAACGAAGUUUUUUUAGUAAACGUUUAACACAAGAUAAUUUAUUAUCAUGGUCAAAAGAAACUAUAACAAAACCAUUAUUACGUACAAUUGAUAAAAUACUUAAAAAAGAAGCACCGGAAAUAUUUAAACUUAUACAAAUAUAUAUGGGAGAUAGAAAAUCUAAACAAAUAGGUUCAUUAAAUACAUGUUUAGAUUUAACAACUAAAGGUUGGAGUUUACCGUCUAUACGUGAUGAACUUUAUUUACAAUUAAUUAAACAAACAACUUAUAAUUAUAAUGCUGAAAGUUUACAACGUGGAUGGGAAUUAAUGGCUAUUUGUCUUUCAUUUUUUCCACCAUCGGGCAAAUUUCAAGUGUUAAUUGAACGUUAUAUAUCAUUACAAGCAAAUGGAAAUGUUGAUACACCCGAAGUACCCAUAUCAAUUUAUGCUAAAGUUUGUCAAAAACGCUUAGAAAAAAUUCUUCAAACUGGUCCAAAGAAAGGUUUAAAAAAGCCAACUUUUGAAGAAAUUGAACUUUCAAAGCAUACAAUUCAUUUUCCUUCAAUGUUUGGCACAACCCUUGAAGAAGUAAUGGCAAUGCAACGAACACGAUAUCCCGAACGACGUUUACCAUGGAUUCAAACAAUUUUAUCCGACGAAGUCUUACGAUUAAAUGGUGCACAAAUAGAAGGUAUAUUUCGAGUACCUGGUGAUUUGGAUAGUGUAAAUGCUUUAAAAGUUAAAUGUGAUCAAUGGCAAUUCCCAUCAGUUGAAGAUGCUCAUUUACCCGCUUCGCUAUUAAAAUUUUGGUAUCGUGAACUAGCUGAACCAUUAAUUCCAUCAAUAUUCUAUGAACAAUGUAUAUUAAACUGUGAUAAAGUAGAACCAUGCAUACGUCUUGUUAAUUCAUUACCUGAAAUAAAUCGAAUUGUAUUAACAUAUCUUAUUCGUUUUCUUCAGAUAUUUGCUAAACCUGAAAAUGUUACUAUAACUAAAAUGGAUGUUAAUAAUUUAUCAAUGGUAUUUGCACCAAAUAUACUUCGAUGUGAUUCAGAUGACGCAAAAGUUAUAUUUGAAAAUGCAAGAAAAGAAAUGUUGUUUAUUAAAAUUCUUAUACUUAAUCUAGAUACUGAUUCAAUUGAAGGUGUUAUUUAA